UUUGCGUUACCUCGAAAGAGGAUCAGAGGUUAUGGAAACUGAAAUCACAUCAUAGAUCGGUGGCACCAGCUUAAUACAAUUAUCAGGUGACAAAAUCUAGCCUGAAAGUCACGAUCAGGAUAACUUUCGGAUAUAAUUCACGCAGUCUGUGCUAGUAGUCGAUGUAAUCAAUAGCUUGCGAUCAAUAAUGGCGGAGCAAGAGCAUCUCGUGCUAAGGGUUCCUGAUGAUCAAAACAUUGAAACAAUGAGGCCGGCUGUUCGACGAGGGCGAACGUAUCUGUAUUUUCGGUGGGGAAGAGAGCCACAGCUGGUUAGUACAUCCACUCGAAUCAUUCUGAUGAUUUUCAAAGCUAUCUUCUGUUCGCUUGGUUUGUGGAGCCAUCGGUCGUGGAACUACAUCCCUCGUCUUCUAUUUGUUGUAAUUUGUGCUGUUCAAGUAUCCUUGCAAAUCUCUUCUGACCUGAACUGUCCCUACUUCGACUGCAACUUCAAUGAAAAGCAUUCCAACCUCACAGUACUGACGGUCUUUCCAGGAACUCGAAAGGCGUGCUAUUCACUGUUUUCUUUUGCAGCGCUCCUUUCAUAUGUCGUUUUCAUAACAAGUGUGACGACAUUCAGGGGUACAGAGUCUGCUUUGGUGUCACCUUCACGAUCAAUGAUCGAAGAUUGUGACAAAACGGCGAUACUGUGGCUGUUUUUUGGAUUCGUUGGAUUUCUUUCCUCGCUUUUUAUCGGGCUGACACUUUUUCUUUAUUUGAAGUUAUAUAACAAUAACAAUACUUAUCUAAGCAAAUUGUUCAUUGGAUACACCGCUGUGUCAGUAAUAUUGGCUCACUGGGCUUCAGUAAACACCUGUCACGCCUUUGCCGUCAGUUCUUCCUCUCUAGGCACAAUAGCAAAAGACACUUUCAGACUCAUCCGGAAGGUCGAGAAUGGAACUCUCGAUGACAUCAUUAGAAUUCAUGAGGACUUGUGUACAAUUGUCCUAAACACAGUGUCAGCCUACAAAGUAUGGUUUGUGUUGCAUUGGUUAACAUUCGGAGCUGGCAUUCUUGUUUACUUUAUGUUAACAUCUGAGGAACUCUCGGGAGACAAAAAUAGUGUGUCCACUGCGGUCAAAGUCUACAUCUGCCUACUCUUCGUUUGUUUCUUCUACGUUUUCAUACUCCCGUGUAUUUACGCUGCUAGGAUCACAAGCGAAUGCGCAGGAAUACACGAUAGAAUUAACUGCACCACAUCUGAUGACUGGAAUGAAGGACACCCGUUCAAAGAUCGUCGCAACAUAUUUCUGUUUUUGGCUUACGCUAAAGACAGAGGCUGCGGUUUCAAAAUUGGUAGAAUUAGAUUUAACUCUUCCCUGACCUGGUUCUCCUUUUUCUUUGGACUCUUGGGGCUAUUGUAUCACUUCUUUCAAGCAGCCUGAAAAAAACAAACAAACAAACAAACAAACAAACAGCCGAUCAAAAAUCUACACGACUAGGAUUACCUAAGAGAUCGGUCAUU